AGUUAAAAUAGUGCUUGGAUAGAAGUUUACAUCAUGAGGUUAUUGGAAUAUACUGUUCUUGUAAUGGGAAUAAUUGUUUGUGUGUCAGCGGGGUUGAAUGAUGUUGUGCCAGACAAAGAAUGUUUUGGAACAAACAAUGGUUUAAGCUAUUCUCAGUCCUACAUUAGACAUUAUAGAAGUAUGAAACGACGAUAUAAAGAAUGUACACAUAUUAACGGCAACUUGGAAAUCACACAUCUAGCUAACAACGACUACAACUACGACAUGUCUUUUCUGAAUAAUAUACGUUACGUCACCGGUUACGUUUUGAUUGCAUUAAAUACUGGAGUGAAUGUGUUGCGGUUUCCUAGUUUACAAAUCAUACGUGGUAACAAUACCAUGAGGUUGCGUGGUAAAGAGUAUAGUUUAGCGGUCGCGCUGAAUUAUAAAUCUAAUUAUCCUAAAUUGGGUUUAAUUGAACUACAUUUCCCACAAUUAAAAGAAAUUUCCGGUGGUGAUAUCUUGUUCACUCAAAAUCCCAGAUUGUGUUACAUUGACACCAUCAAUUGGCAAGCAAUAAGUGGGCGUGGUUCUGACUCAAUAGACGCGCCUGGUACAGAUCCUGUAUCUCCUUUUAAUAGAAAAUGUGCUGAAUGUCCUGUAGAAUGUAAAGUCAAUGGAAGAUCGAGAUGCUGGGGAAACGAUGAGAAUCUCUGUCAGAGAGCACCACCAAACGUUUGUCACAGCUCCUGUCCCUAUCGAUGUUAUGGACCUGGCCCAGAAGGUUGUUGUCAUGGUAACUGUGCUGGUGGUUGUUGGGGACCAAAAUCUACUGAGUGUAUGUUGUGUAAAGAUUACAGGUUGUGGAACAGAUGUGUAGAAAGUUGUCCGUUAGAAUACGACCAUUUGAAUCAAAUGUGUUACAUACAGAACAUUUUAUCAUAA